CCGAGAGCGGCGCAGGGUCAGCGAGCCCAGAGCCGCUGCCGCCGCCCCCGACAGCACCUUUCCUUCCCCGGCAGCGGUCUGCGGCGCGUAGGAUGCACUACGCAAAGCAAAUAGUUAAAGAUUUCGAGGGGAGGAGCCAGGCCGCAAUCCGCAAUUAAAGAUGAACUUUGGGUGAACUAAUUUAUCGGACCAAGGUAGGGGUGGGCAGCAACCUGGGAAGGGUAUAAAAGGCGGCCCGCGGCGAGCCCAGCCCGCGCACUCAGAGCUCCCGGGGGGCUGGGCGGGAGUCGCUCCCCAGUCAUGGGCUUCUCCGCCCUAAUCGCCAGCGCCCUGUGCACCUUUCUGCUGCCCCUGCUGCUCUUCCUGGCUGCCGUCAAGCUCUGGGACCUGUACUGCGUGAGCAGCCGCGACCCCAGCUGCCCGCUCCCGCUGCCCCCGGGCACCAUGGGGCUCCCCUUCUUCGGGGAGACGCUGCAGCUGGUGCUGCAGAGGCGGAAAUUCCUGCAGAUGAAACGCAGGAAAUACGGCUUCAUCUACAAGACUCACCUCUUUGGGCGGCCCACGGUACGGGUGAUGGGCGCCGAGAACGUGCGGCACAUCCUGCUGGGCGAGCACCGGCUCGUCUCCGUGCAGUGGCCCGCCUCGGUGCGGACCAUCCUGGGCUCGGGCUGCCUCUCCAACCUGCACAACGGGCAGCACAAGCACCGCAAAAAGGUGAUCAUGCGUGCCUUCUCCCGGGACGCCCUGCAGCACUACGUGCCCGUCAUCCAGGAGGAGGUGAGCGCCUGCCUGGCGCGGUGGCUGGGCGCCGCCGGGCCCUGCCUGCUCGUGUACCCCGAGGUGAAGCGCCUCAUGUUUCGCAUUGCCAUGAGAAUCCUGCUGGGCUUCCAGCCCCGCCAGGCCAGCCCCGACGGCGAGCAGCAGCUGGUCGAGGCCUUCGAGGAGAUGAUCCGCAACCUCUUCUCCCUGCCCAUCGAUGUGCCGUUCAGUGGGCUCUACCGGGGCUUGCGGGCACGCAACAUCAUCCAUGCCAAGAUCGAGGAGAACAUCCGUGCCAAGAUGGCCCGCAAGGAGCCUGAGGGGGGCUACAAGGAUGCGCUGCAGCUGCUGAUGGAACACACACAGGGGAAUGGCGAGCAGCUCAACAUGCAGGAGCUGAAGGAGUCUGCCACAGAGCUGCUGUUUGGGGGCCAUGAAACCACUGCUAGUGCUGCCACGUCGCUGAUCGCCUUCCUGGGGCUCCACCAUGAAGUCCUGCAGAAAGUGAGGAAAGAGCUGCAGGUCAAGGGGUUACUGUGCAGUUCCAACCAAGAGAAGCAGCUGGACAUGGAGGUCUUGGAGCAGCUGAAGUACACAGGCUGUGUCAUCAAAGAGACCCUCAGGCUGAGCCCGCCUGUUCCCGGAGGAUUUCGGAUUGCACUCAAGACCCUUGAGCUAAAUGGUUACCAAAUCCCUAAAGGCUGGAAUGUUAUUUACAGCAUCUGUGAUACACACGAUGUGGCAGAUCUCUUUACCAACAAGGAAGAAUUUAACCCAGAUCGCUUCAUGUCUCCAUCUCCAGAGGAUUCCUCUAGGUUCAGUUUCAUUCCUUUUGGUGGGGGCUUGAGGAGCUGCGUGGGCAAAGAGUUUGCAAAAGUCCUUCUAAAAAUAUUUACAGUGGAGUUGGCUCGGAGCUGUGACUGGCAGCUGCUGAAUGGACCUCCUACAAUGAAAACAGGCCCCAUAGUGUACCCUGUGGACAAUCUGCCUACCAAAUUCAUAGGUUUCAGCGGCCAAAUCUGAGCUCAACACUCACCUCCAAAUGGAUUUCUAUAUAGCAUUUAAUAUGUACAUAGUAACUUUUUAUAGUAACAAAGGCCUUUAAAUAUUUAAAACUUGUAAAUGUACAGUAGUUAUUUAUGUCUUCUAAGUAUUUCAAGAGGCUAUGAUAUUUUUUUUCCCCAAGCACUACAAUUAUGGGUCUCUGAUUCAUAAUUAGAUAAUGUUAUUUCUAUAGAAAUAAGUUUUCCUCUAUUUAAAAAUAUCAUUGAGAGCUGGCCAGCUAAGCAUUUGAGGACAUUUCAGGAUGGUGUAUGUACAAGAAAUAUCCGAAAAACAUUCAAAACAAUGGUAACUAGCUACCAAAUUACCUGAAGUGGUUAUUGUUUGAGAAUGUUUUCAGUAUUAUUUGUGUCUAGAUUGUAUGUUUAAUGUGUGAAUUUUAAGUUUGAUAAUAAAGUUUAUUUUUUAUGA